CUAUCGGAACCAAUGCUGCCAAAACCAUGGGAACAAUUUGUUCACCUCCUGCCACAAUCGUCAGUUUACGGACGUCAGUAGGACAUAGAGUAAGUUGCAAGCGCCUCCACCCACAACAACUUAUUCCCGAUCAACAGGACGUUCCUAGAUUCGAGAGCGUAACAGGAAAUGCAACAAGAUGACGACGACUGGACACGUGCAAGGGCCUCCGGUGCAGCAGCCGCAACACGUGGGUCAUGAGCAACAGCAGCAGCAGGUACCUGCGGUGAUAUCCCGUAAGGCUUUGUCCAUCAUCAAGUAUUCGGUCCUGCUGUUGACGGGCAUGUGUUUGAUACUGGAGGUCAUCCAAAUCGUGUUGGGGGCAAAUGCCGGCAACAUUUUCUCGAAUUUCCACAUUUUCCUGGAUGACAACUUCCACUCGUUAACGGAUUUCAUUCUAGCUGUCGGGAUAAUCAUGCUUUUGAUUGUACUGUUUGGAUCGGUUGGCAUCGUCAUAGAAAACAUGACGAUAAUCGUGAUCUAUAUUGUACUAUUCGCGAUUGUGGUGGUACUGGAGAUUAUAGUCGCCAUAUCUGCGUACAUCAUGACCCACCGCGUUGAUGACAUGCUGACAAUAAGAAUGAACAAUGCCUUUGCGCAGUACCGAUACGAUCCAGACGUGCGCCACUCGAUCAAUGACAUGCAACGGACGCUACAAUGCUGCGGCUUCCAUCGCUACUCCGACUGGUACGAGUUCAACGAGGAACGCAUUCCCUCCUCUUGCUUCGCAUCGCUGGAAGAAGGCAGCACUCCCUUCCAGCAGGGUUGCUUCCACCGGAUGAGCCAGGUCAUCGGCUACGUGGUCAAUCUGACGGCGUCCGGAACGACGAUCAUCAUCAUCUUCCAGAUCAUUUGCAUCAUAAGUGCGGUGGUGUUUCUGAUCAAACUGAAAGGUUACCGGAGACACCAGCAGAUGGUUCUGCAGAACUCGAGUCAUUCUGGAGGAGGAUUCACCGGGUACACGUUGGAACCAUCGAUAGCGCAGGAGAAGAUACGAUUUUGAUACGUUGGGAAUCGAAACCGGAGGCAAUGUUUGUAAUACUCGCUAGUUAUGUACGAAUUAAUCAGUAUCGAAUAAAAGUCAGACAAUGGUAACGUGCUAAUACACAAUUAAAACAUGC